AUGCCCUCUUUCUCUACUAUACUUCUGGCGCUGGCAGCCGCAGGCGAAGUCUUCGGACAUGGCCAUGUCCGCAGAGUAAUCGCCAAUGGAGUAACAUACAAGGGUUAUGAGCGUUGGUCAAACGACGACCAGAGUCAGGUCGUUUCGUGGCAUUUCACGACCGAAGACGAAGGCCCUGUUCCGGUAUCCAGCGUCAAUAAUCCUGAUAUCAUAUGCCACGAAGGUGCAACUAACGCCCAAGCAUCGGUCCCGGUGACUGCGGGCUCUCAGCUACAGAUCGUGCGCUUCAACACGAUAGGCGGCUUUGAACACCCGGGUCCUGAGAUGCAUUACCUCGCCCCGUGUGGCGAUGCUGGCUGCGCUCAGGUUGACAAGAACAGCCUUCGAUUCUUUAAGUUCUACGAGAAUGGUCUAGUCCAGCCUGGCAUGGCAGAUAGUCCGACCUGGAACACCCAAAAGUGGGCCACUACGGAAGUCCACAAGCAAGUCCAGGCGGAGGGAGAGGGUUUCAUCGACACAUUCACCGUCAAAAUCCCCUCGAACAUUAAGCCUGGCGCUUAUAUCCUUCGACACGAAAUCCUAGGGCUACAUAAGGCUCACGAGGGCCAGGCCGAGUUCUAUCCCCAGUGUAUCAACCUCGAGAUUUCGGGCUCGGGUAGCCAACAGCCCGCAGGCGUAUCUGCUACUGAGAUGUACCAUAGUACUGACCCUGGCGUUGCCCUCGAUAUCUGGGUAGAUUUAAAGUCUUACACAAUUCCUGGUCCGGCUGUUUCAAGCGCUUUCUCGAAGAGAGACCUUAAGAGCAAUACCCCUAGGCGACACCCGCGGAACCUCAAGCUCCAAGACCUAUAA